AUGACUAAAGAAGUCGAGGCCGUUCACGAGCAGGCGGCGGAGUAUUCCGCAAAGGAUUACACUGAUCCUCCGCCUGCUCCUCUGAUCGAUUUCGAGGAAUUGACCAAAUGGUCUCUAUACAGAGCAGCAAUAGCGGAGUUUAUUGCUACUCUGUUAUUUCUUUAUAUCACUGUUCUUACUGUAAUUGGAUACAAACAUCAAGCCGAUGUUAACGCCGGAGGCGAUGUCUGCGGUGGCGUUGGUCUUCUUGGUAUUGCUUGGGCUUUUGGUGGCAUGAUUUUCGUUCUUGUUUACUGUACUGCUGGUAUUUCUGGUGGACACAUCAACCCUGCUGUGACAUUUGGGUUAUUUUUGGCAAGGAAAGUGUCAUUGAUUAGGGCAGUAUUGUACAUGGUAGCACAAUGUUUGGGUGCAAUUUGUGGUGUAGGUUUUGUGAAGGCAUUCCAAAGUGCAUACUACAAUAGAUAUGGUGGUGGUGUUAAUGUUAUGGCACCAGGACACACCAAGGGUGUUGGUUUGGCUGCUGAAAUUAUUGGUACUUUUGUUUUGGUCUAUGUUGUCUUCUCUGCCACCGACCCCAAAAGAAGCGCCAGAGACUCUCAUGUUCCUGUCUUGGCCCCACUUCCCAUUGGAUUCGCCGUAUUCAUGGUUCACCUUGCCACUAUUCCGAUCACCGGUACCGGAAUCAACCCGGCGAGGAGUUUCGGGGCGGCCGUGAUUUUCAACGGCGACAAGGCGUGGGACGAACACUGGAUUUUCUGGGUCGGGCCAUUCAUCGGAGCUUUCAUCGCCGCGGUCUACCACCAAUACAUUCUCCGAGCUGGAGCAAUUAAAGCUCUUGGUUCAUUCAGAAGCAAUGCUUGA